UUACGUCGGCGUGGGACAGCGGAGGGACUGGCGGUCUGCUCAUGGCACUCAGCUUGCAGCUGGAGGCGAGCAGCAGAGAAGGAAAACAACGGAACCGAGCAGAAUGGUAUAAAAAACAGAGCGAAGUCAGUUUUGGGGCACAGCUGGACGCAAAGGGGUUACAAAUGAAAUAGUUUAAACUGGGAGAUUAGUGUGACCAGGUGAGGGAUAGAUCUGCAGUGGAGAGGAAGAGGAGGGGGGGGGGGGAGAGAAAAAGAUGCGCUGCGUCUCCGGUGACGCUGGCGCGCAGUUUGGGGACGGAGUCUGCAGCGGCGACGCGCUGACACCCCGCUUUUAGAUGGCUCCAACAUUUGGGGUGCAGCAAAACAGGUGUCAGGGAAGUGUCGUCACGAACCCCGGAAGCCGGAGGAGGAGGUGGGAACAUCAGAGGGAAAGAUGGCAGCGAAAUCCGAUGGUCGCGGGGUCGUCACCGGUUUCGCCCAGCUGCACAACCUGGACGAAGUGGUGGGGACUGGAGAGGACGACGCGCGGAACGGCAGCUCCUUCCACAUCUGCCACUGCUGCAACACCUCGUCGUGCUACUGGGGCUGCCGGAGCGCCUGUCUGCAUUACCUCCGGAGGAAGGGGAGAGGGAAGGGGAGGGAUGCGGGGCGACCACCACAGGAGGAGCGCCUCUGGCUGGACUGCCUGUGGAUCGUCCUGGCGCUGCUGGUGUUCUUCUGGGACGUGGGCACCGAUCUGUGUCUGGCCGCCGACUACUACCACGAGCGGGAGUUCUUUUGGUCAGGCCUGACCCUGUUCUUCGUGCUGGUGCCCUCGGUUCUGGUCCAGAUCCUGAGCUUCAGGUGGUUUGUGCAGGAUUACACCGGCGGCGGACUGGGCUCCGUGGAGGGACUGAGCAGUCGGAGGGCUACGGCCAGUUUCCAGAGAGACAGGUGCUGUCGCCUGUCUGUCUGGGUCUGGCAGACCAUCAUUCACAUCUUUCAGAUGGGACAAGUCUGGAGGUACAUUCGCACCAUGUACCUUGGGAUACAAAGUCACCGGCAGAAGGAGAACCAGAGGCGCUUUUAUUGGGCUAUGAUGUACGAGUAUGCUGAUGUCAACAUGCUGCGACUGCUGCAGACCUUCUUAGCAAGCGCCCCUCAGUUGGUGCUGCAGCUCUGCAUCAUGAUCCAGAGCAACAAGGCCGAGUGGCUGCAGUGUCUUUCUGCCACGUCCUCCCUUCUGUCCCUGGCCUGGGUGCUAGCCUCCUACCACAAACUCCUCCGUGACUCGCGGGAUGACAAGAAGAGCAUGAGUUACCGUGGUGCCCUGGUGCAUCUGUUCUGGCGCCUUUUCACCAUCUCUUCGCGGGCGCUCUCCUUCGCCCUUUUUGCCUCGGUUUUCCAUAUCUACUUUGGCAUUUUUGUGGUGCUCCAUUGGUGCGCCAUGGCUUUCUGGGUCAUCCAUGGCGGCACCGACUUUUGCAUGUCCAAAUGGGAAGAAGUACUGUUCAACAUGGUGGUGGGCGUGGUCUACGUAUUCUGUUGGUUCAAUGUACGCGAGGGUCGGACGCGCUGCAGAAUGGUGACCUACUACACCGUUGUGUUGUUGGAGAACGCCAUCCUGACCUCACUUUGGUACGCGUACCGCGACCCAGCCACCACUGACGCCUAUGCCUCCUUUGCCAUCUGUGGCGUCUUCCUGUGCUUUGCCUCAGGUGUGGCCUGCAUGAUUCUCUACUAUGGGGUCCUACACCCCAUGGGCCCCCGACUGAGGAUGUUGGCCAGCUCCUGUUGUGCUGAGCUGCUAUGGGGCCUCCCAUUACCACCUGAAGCUGAGCCAAUGGCUCCCACACCAGGGCCUCGUGGCUCCCAGGCUACCCCUACAAGAGGCGUGGCAGGGGAAGAAAUGGGGUUAGACGAAACAGCUACUGACACAUGCCUUCCAGUUUUCCAAGUGAGGUCUACAGAGCCUGUAGACGCAGCCGGCAGGCCCAUCCCGCCUGAGGGCCCGCUUAUUAAAAUAGACAUGCCCAGAAAACGCUACCCAGCCUGGGAUGCACACUUUGUUGAUCGACGACUGCGCAGGACCAUAAACGUGCUGCAGUUUGUCAGCCCCAAUGCGGUGGGAAUCAGGUACAGGGACGGUCCACUUCUUUAUGAACUUCUACAGUACGAAUCCUCCCUCUGAAGGCCCUUCACACGGUUCUGUCCCCACCCUUUACACAGAUUGAUGCACAUGCAUUUCGUUUCUCCUCAGAAGUGUCAUCUUUCCAUUUUUCUCUCGGGCUCUCUUCAUCACUCCUCGAUGAUCUGAAAGUUUUCCAGUUUUCCAGGACGUGAUUUUGGCAACCAAAAACCUGACAGAACAGACUAGACAGACAUUCAAGAAUUAUUUUUGGAGAAAAAAAAAAACAGAUAGUACAGAGAGAAAAUUAUGAACGUUACAGUAUCCUAUUUGAUAAAUAUAUAUAUAUAUCUAUAUAUCUAUAAAUAUAUAUGUCUCAGAUAAAUCUCUCUAUACUGAUAUAGGAGGCUUCUAAAUGAGUGUGUAAAUAACAUAUGAAUGUUUCAUUAUGAAAUGUGUUUAUGUGUUAUACUGUGUUGGUGAUUCAACCUGUGGAUAUUUGUGAAGGGCAUGUUGUCUGUCUCUCUGACGUGGGACUGGUGCAAAGCCUGUUGGGAAUGAUGGAGAGUCUCUGAGGGGCCAGGUCUUUGCACACCCCAACAUUUACUGCCAUCUUCUUUUUAAUGUAAAGUCCUGAGCUGAUGAAUCAAAAAUAUAUCUAGGACCAAUAUAUGAUACUAAAAAAAUAACAAAACAAAAAAACACCUAAGAGAUAUAAUUUGGCAUGUUUUUUUCCCCCCAAAUAAGUUUUCUGUUCUUCAGGCAAAUUGUGUUUUUCUUUUCAAGAAAGAUUCCAAAAUAAAAAGGAAAAUGCAUCGAAACGUGAAUAAGCACACUGACCUUUAAUCUGUUCCGCUCAAGCUCUUUUAAUUUUCUUUUUUUUUAACAAUGCAGACUGCCCUCUAGUGGAGGCGAGCUGUAACAGAUUGCCUUAUAUGACACAAAUCAUCAGCACAAAAUUCUAAACAAACCAUUUAAUAUAUAAAAAAAACAUGAGUAGCAGAAAAGAAGCACAUUACCCCCUUUUUUAAUAAAGGGAUUUUAGAUAUUUAUUUAAGAGUGAAAAAGUGCAAGUGCAUAAUUAUUUGCUAAUGUUUGCAGACAAAGACAGCCUUAAGGGAUUCCUCCACCAUUCCCUUUUGAAUACUGGAAAGUACAAACUCCCUCUUUUGUUAUAAAAAUGUUAUUUAUUUAGUACUAGUAGUCACUUGAUAGGUGAAAAGACUUCUUUAAACUGACAUUUGAGAUAUUUCUGCACUACCAUAACUUCAUUCUCAACAUUUAUAGUCAUUGACAGAACCCUCUUUUUUAGAUUAUCUCAAUCCUCCAGCGUUAAAAAGGUACACGACUUACCAACUGUGUGCCCUUAAAGAGGUGAUUACCUUACGUACCUUGUGUGACUGCUCUGGCACUUGCUUGAAACUAAGCCAAAUUAAAUCUUAAAGUACUGUCCGUCCCCCCCUCAAGGAACCAGUUGAAUGGGUCAGUGCAAUACUGUGCCAUCGUACUGGCAUGCUGUACAGCGAUUAUGAAGUUAAGGAAAUUCUCAUUGUUCUGUGUGAGCUCUCCACCACUGACACCCCAGGAACGACCACGAUCCUCACAGUCUAUCUCAAAAAAGAAAAGAAAUAUAUAUAAAAAUGUAUGUAUGUCUGUAUGUCUACAUGAUACCAUGCCUUCUAAGUCUAAGGAGCUUCACUAAAAUUACCACAGAGGGCUAACUGAAAAAUUCAUGAGAACAAUGAAUGCAUUUCAUAUUUCAUUUCAUUUAUAAACUCAAUGGGCCAUGUGAAUUUUUACGAUGUUGUGUUGGUAUGAUUUUUAGCAUGGUAUUGACACAGCCACAAAUAAAACCCAGCGGGGGUUUACCAAGAGCCCUUUACAACUCAGAGGUCCGUCUUUCCCGACUUACCGGCGUUCAGCAAAGCUGUGGCCUUGUCUGCCUGCUAACACUGUACUGUAAAAAGCAGAUGCCCUGUAAGUGACGGACAAAGGUCAAAGAGGGUUCUUUUUGCCAGGGAUGGAAAAGAACAUGAGGACAGAUCACUCUACAGGGACUGAUCAGAUAACGUACGGCUGUGGGCGGGCACUCGCCCCGGCCACAGACCUUUCCGACGGUUCUGUUCUCUUGCCGAAUGUUCGGCUCCAUCCUUGGUUGCUGCUCCGCCCUCUUUCCCGACUCUACUGUUCAGGGCCUUGGCACACUCCUGCAAAAACACUCUCUGAUCAACGAACGACGGGGCUGAGGCUUAACAAACAGAGAUCCUGACAUGAGAACUUGCAAUGAGGUACACUGCCAUGACUAAACGCUUCAGUAUCAGGCCGGGGUCCACCACCCUUUCAGCCCUGAGUUAUUAGAGGACUGUUGGGUCAGCAAGGGUGGCGCAAACAGUCAGCACAUCGGAUAAAUGCACAUCUGUAUGCAAACAAUUAAGUUCUUCAUUAUUUCAUAUUAACUAGAGUAGUGUAUCUGCUUCGUGAAGGAACAGCCAUGCUAAUAGAUAGCGGAUUAGUGAUUAAGAAAUAUUGUUACGCUAAAAAGCAACAUAGCCAAUAGAGGUGUUCCUCAGGACCAACAACCAAGACCACUGACCAAGCUGACUCAGGGGUGUCUCAAUGCAGUUCUCAUCCCCAGGCGCAUCCUUUAGGGUCUGGAUCAUUUGUUUUCCUUACAUACUUUACUUUCCUGGAUCACUCCUCGGCUGGGAUUGUACCUCUCAGUUCCGGUUUGCACUUUUUCUUUCACGACGACUUGUUUUUAAUUAGACAAAGGCCCUAUUUUGUGGUAGUUGGCUGCCUGGCAGGCAGCGCCUCCUUUCUAAACACUGCUGACCUUUUCCAUAGGUGGACACAUGUCCAAAUCAGGUGCAAAUACACUGUGACUCAUUCUUAUGUUCCCUGUCUGUCUCUGUCUAGGUGGGGAUAAGGAGUUAAAAGGGCGGUGACGGGCUGUACAACAGUAUUACAUAGCUCCACAUACCAGAUUACGUUAGACUGGGCUGGAUCUCAUUUUACGGUGCUUGUUGUAUAUUGCGGAGUAUUUAUGCUUGCGUAACUGUAAUUUUAAUAGACGUAACAGUAAAAUGAUUCAUUUUAAAGACUAGAAAGAGUGUAAAUGUUCAACUCAAAUUUUUGAUGACACAUAGAGCAUAUUUUAUGUAUUUCUACCGUGCAACCAUCAUUCUAGCACAUUGUGUAACCAAUUAUUUUAGCCAGAUAAUAAGUGGGUUUUGUUUAGUUCUUUUUAUACCUUUCCUGUUAUCUUUAAAUUAUACACGGGUCUCAAGAGCUAAGCUAGAUUCAAUGAACUUAAGAAAGUUUAUCUGCAGUCAAACACAGUAUUUAGGAUGAGGCACAUUAUACCAUUGCUAACUUCAUCAAGAAAUCCCCUACAGAGAUCUCAAGUCAAGAUACUUUUUCAAUUUUUCCCGAUGGCCAUAAAAACACAGCAAAAGCAUCUGAACAGUAAGUUUGUUCGUCUCAGUCCUCGUUGUGCCUUGUUACUUUGGGUGCUUCAAUCCAGCCAUGGCAGCCAGGUACGCAAACAGCGAUGCCAACUAUUUGCUUUCUUUUCAUGUGCCAAUUUCCUUACCGAGAUGACAAGAUGGAGCCGGUCAACGUUUACUGCGCCUUGCAAAAGUGGCCGCGUCCCUUCAAGCUGUUUCACCUUUUGUGAGGCCCAGCUACAGACUGCAAUGUAUUUCCAUUGUGUUUUAUCUGAUAGACCAACAGAAAGUAUUGUGCAGUUGUUAAGUGGGAGA